AAUUGUGUUAGUAGGUUUGAGAAGAAAAAUAAAUAGUUUUGACGAAGACGUAUAAGAUUCGACUAGAUUGGUAAACGGACAUCUUUUAGGUGAAUACAUUCAAGAACACACAGUUAUAUGAUUCGUUCGACUCGGUACAUUGAAUGAACGAGUUCACAGCUGGAGCAAGUUGAGUCAAGUUUUUGUAGACUGUCAGACUCACAACAUCACAAUCCUUGGAAGGGUACGACGUAAGCUGAUCUUGUGAGUUUGCGAUCUCAGUUUGUAUUUUGUAGUAUUUUUUUCUGAUCGAGUGCAUGUUAACGUAACUUUUUUGUAUCCCGGGAUAUUGUCGUGUUUCGGCGUGAAUCGACCAAAGGAGUGUGUGUCUCCAGGGAUCUCUCCGUCCGUUGAAUCGUUAACAACUUUGCAGAGAAAACCGAUAUUAAUUGGGAUUUAGAGUUCGAACAAACCAUGGCUCACGAAGAAGGUAACAGUGUAAUCUCUUCAACAUGCGUUUUUCGUGGUAUGGAAUACAUUGUCAGUAUGCAUGUGUCAGAUGCAUCAACGUUGACUGUGGAAGUUGAGGAUAGACUCAGUGCUGACCAGUGGAGAGGAACGUUUGACGCAUCCUAUAUUGAAGACCUAACCCAUAAAACUGGUAAUUUUAAGCAGUAUAGCAUAUUUGUUAGUAUGUUAGAAACUGCUGUCACAAAGACAAGUGAUGCAGUCUCACUAGAUUUAUUAACCUAUGCAGAUCUAGAAUUGCUAAGAAAUCGUAAAGCUGGUGUUGGAACUAGAGCUAUUCCUGGAGCCAAGUCAACAGCACUGAAUACUAAAAGAUAUUUAAUACUCACAUACACAGUAGAGUUUGACAGGAUACACUAUCCACUACCUCUACCUUACAUGGGUAAACCAGACCCAGUCUUAUUACAAGAAACAGUAAGAACACUCAGGGAAGAAAUUAAAAGGAUAAGAAAACAAAAGCAUCCAGACUACAGAGAAGGAGAAUUCACUAGGAUUAAAAAAGAAUAUGAAAAAGUGCUAAAAGAAAAAGAAGAAAUAGAAGCCGCUUACAUGCAGUUUAGAAGAGAAGUGAAAAAUACAAGUAAAGGUAGUGCCGCAAAGGAAGUAAGAAUACUGAAAAAUAUUGUGAAAAACUUAGAGGAUGAAGUGACUACAGAGAAAGCAAAAUUUCGAAGGCAAGCUAAUAAAAGAAAUCAGGAUUACAGGAGUCUACUUGAAGAGGUUGAAGAGUUGAGGGCAAGUGAGCGAAACUUGCGUGCACGUGUGAAAAGUCUUACCAAUGAAUUAGCAGUGUUCAAAAGAGGAAGGAUAAGCAGAGCAUCACCCAUACCUAAUGUGUCAUCAUCAGCACAGAGAAGGGAAAGAGAAAGAAUCAGGAGGCCGCGAUCACUACCAAGGGAGAGAUCACUGUCAAGAGAUAGAUCAUUAUCGAGGGAAAGGCCAUCAUCAGUGUCAUCUGCUAGGAGUAUCACGCCAUCAGGUUGCAGACUGCCACGAUUUGACCCUACUGCUUAUAUAUCUGAUAAAAAACGCAAACAGGAUGAUGCCAAAUCAAAAAGAGAUCGUUCUAUUAGAAGAUAUGGUAACUUAGAUAGAAGCCGAAAUCCAUCAUCUGCUGAGAGAGGUAGAGAAAGGACGAGACCAUCACCAUUAUAUUCUGGUGGUUACAGAAGAGCUCGAACUAGUUCUAUGGGAAGUAUGGGAAGUAGAACAUCCUCUUUGAGUGAUAUUGAUAUGCCAUCUACCAGUUCACAAAGAUUAAGGGGUAUAAAUAAUGUGCUGAAAGGGAGGACAUCAUCAUCAGCACCCUGGGCCAGUCCUGAUGUGCCUCUACAUAUGGCAGGCAGUGGUAAAUCAUCCAAGAAAACUAAAUCAAGAACUAGGAGAGCUGUAAGUACACCUGAUCCAGCAGCUGAUUUGGAUAAAGUGCGUAGAUUAACGAAUACAUCUGGGAAAAUCAGAAAACGAGAUGUAAUAGAUUAUGAACCUAUAGGUAACAGGAAUGGAUACUACCAUGACAGAUCAGCUGAGAUGUCUGAAAUUGAUGCUAGACUCAACGCACUUCAACAGUUCAUGCAAAAUAAUCUAAAUUGAAAAUCCUGCUGGGAUUGUGCAAGAAAAAUGAAUUCAGUUGAUGUAGUUAUGUAAAUUAAACUAAGACAACAAUAGAUGCUAAUUCUGUACUGUUUUGUAUGUGAUUAUAUCAGAGACACUAGAAUGUUGUGAUAAUCUUAGACAUGUUUGAGAAAAGAUUUGUACAUUAUAUAUGGUCUUUCUGCCCUGUCAAUUAGAUAAUCCCCUGUACAUACUAAUUUUUAUCAUAAAUUCAAAAAUUGCUUUCUUUUUGUAUAUACACAAUAAUAACUGAUAUAUCCAUAAUUUGUUGCACCAUAACCAAUAGUUUAUAGUUUCCAUAUACCAGUAAUUUGUGUACUUGCCAGCAUUGUUUAAAUAUUUCCAUUUUCUGUACGAUUGUUGUUCUUUUAGUAAUUGUAACUGAAUGUGGUGUUGUAUUUAUGCCUGUCCUCUCUUACCCAGCACUUAUGUUAUCAGGUAUGGUCUCAAAGAUAACAUUCAGUUUAAAAUUAUCACAAAUACAU